AUGGCUUACAGUAUUACUGAUCUUAUAUUUUUGACCUUCCUCAUAAUCUUGAAUUGUGCGCAAGCUCUCAUAACAACGAAAGGACGUCGUUUCAUUGUCGAUGAAGGUGACAACGUUGAAUUACCCUGCAAUAUACGUGAUAUUGGGGAAGAUACAGUGGUGAUAUGGAAACGAGGAGAGCUAGUAUUGUUCACUGAUGAAGAAGUCUUUCAUGAGGAUCAACGAUUCCAAUUGCACAGGAAAGAUAAUAAUUUUACAUUGGUUAUCGAACGAGUAGAGCCAUACGAUGGCGCAAAAUAUGUUUGUGAAAUAACAUCACCUGAAAUGUCAAUAACGCAUACAUUGGAAGUGAACGUACAUCCUAUGGUUUCUAUAUCACCGGAUACAAAUCCACUACUGGUAAAUAUUGGCGAAAAUAUGAUUAUCAAAUGCUCAGUAUCUGGUAAUCCACCACCAAAAGUUACAUGGACCCGACAAGAUGGUCGAAAAAUGCCGGCAAGAGCUACAUCAAAAGACGGGCAGCUGAGAAUAACUCGUGUAACGGUGGAUGAUAGCGGUGUCUAUGAAUGUACAGCAUCAAAUAAUGUCGGCGUCGAUGCGCACGAUACCAUCGAAAUUCGAGUGCAAGCAGCACCAUGGGUGGAUUCAGCGUAUUCAUACAUACCGGUAAGACUAGGUCAAGAUAUCAAUUUAACCUGUAAAUAUAACGCCGAACCAUCACCUCAAGUUGAUUGGAUUUACAAUGGCUUCACAAUCAAUUUUUCGGACGACAAAUUCAAAGGUUUAAUGCAAUAUGCUGCCAGGCGUGAUAAUUACAGUGAAUCCAUCCUAGCAAUCGAAAAUAUCAGAGAAGAUAAUUUUGGUGAUUACACAUGUCGUGUAGCAAAUAAUCUUGGUAUAAAAGAGAAGACCAUUUAUGUUAGCGGUCGACCAGGACCACCUCAUUUAAAUGCAAGUGGAACUGUACUUUCUUGGAACGUACAUUCAGUGGAUCCAAUUAUUGAAUAUCAGAUCUUAUAUCGAUUCUCCAACGAUGAUACAUGGCAGCAAUUUAAGUCUAUAAGAGCAAAUAAAGAGGAGCAGGAUGGUGAUAUUUGGAGCCGGAGCGAAAAUUUGGUUUGGUUACGGCCAGGCUUAGAAUACGAAUUACAAAUGAAAGCACGAAAUACACUAGGAUGGGGCUCUUUGGCUCGAUCUUAUAUUACAAUGAAAAUACCAUUCAUUGACAAUGUGACCAGUGAUAAAAUCAAUUCAGUAAAGCGGAUAUAUGCGUCACGAUCAUCAUGUUUGUCCACUGUUUCAUUUAUUGCUGCAACGAUUUUCCUGUUAUAA